CGGUCGGGCACGUCAGUUAAACCACGCCCAUCAAUGAGAGACGUGUACGAGUACGAGAGGUGUUGCAUUUUGUUUUGAACGGUGUAUGUGUGUAAAUAGGUGUGUGGGUGUAUUUAUUUUCAACUUAAAUGUGUGUGCGUUCGGUUUUUCAUGUGUUUACUGGGGCCAUUAAUAAUCGCAUCUCGAAAUAGUAGUGAUUUAUGUGUUUUAUGGUGUUGAAGAGAAGAAAAACUAAGCUCAUUUUUAUAGCACGAGAAUCAAGGGAAUAAAAUUUAAAGAUUGUUCUUAUACAUCGUUCUGGGCAGCCUGUUUAUAAAGCAGGUGGACGGGUGGAAGAUCUGGUGUGAACCAUGUCCCACCACAGUGAUGACAACAUGCUCAUAGCAACGAGCGACUCCUUUUGGGAACCAGGCAACUACAAACGGACGACAAAGAGGAUAGAAGAUGGCUACAAGCUGUGCAGCGAUCUCAUGGCGCUCAUACAAGAGCGCGCGGACAUUGAAAAGGCAUAUGCCAAGAGUCUCAAAGGCUGGGCGAAAAAGUGGAAUGAUAUUAUUGAAAAAGGUCCUGAGUACGGAACAACGGAGGCGGGCUGGAAAGGCGUCCUAGUGGAGGCGGACAGGAUGUGUGACCUGCACCUCCGCGUCAAAGACAACCUCAGCAACGACGUCAUACAGCAAGUGAAGACGUGGCAGAAAGAUACGUACCACAAGUCAAUGAUCCAGAUAAAAGAACGCAAGGAAAUGGAAGAUUCAUUCAAGAAAGCUCAAAAGCCCUGGUCGAAGCUUCUAUCCAAGGUGAACAAAGCAAAAGUUGACUACCACACCGCGUGCAAGACUGAGAGAUCCGCUUCCAACCAGGAACGCAACGCGUCUGCGGACAGUUCGCUAUCGCCCGACCAGAAAGCAGCCUUGGUGAAGAAGAUGCAGGACCGGGUGCAGAAGUCGAAGGAGGACGUGCAGAAGGCGAAGGAGAAGUACGAGGCGGCCCUCAACGAGAUCAACGGCUACAACCCCAAGUACAUGGAGGACAUGACGGAGGUGUUCAACAGGUGCCAGGACAUGGAGGCCCAGAGGCUACAGUUCUUCAAGAGCGUCAUGUUCGACAUCCACAAGUGUCUCAACAUCUCCCAGGACCCUGCCUUACCACAGAUCUACGAAGAGUUCUACCACACGGUGAACAACGCUGAUCACGAGAAGGAUCUGAAGUGGUGGUCCAACACGCACGGAGUCAACAUGGCGAUGAACUGGCCCUACUUCGAGGAGUACACGGAAGAAUUCCGCGACAUUGCAAAGGGCAAGUCGAAGGAAGCCAUCCCUGGUAUCAUGCUGAUCAACCAACGCCCUGUCGGAGAGGACUUGCAUGAGUUCCCGCCGGUGAACAGCAAGGUGCCGCGGGGCAAGCAGGCCGCCUCCCGGGUCAUCCCCACGGACGUGACGGAGGGCAGGCCGGACCAGGCCCACUCCGGCAAGGGCAAGGAGAAGUCCGAGGCGGGCAACAGGACCUCCACCAUCACGAACGGCACGAGGUCGGAAGCCAACCCCUUCGACGAGGAGGAGUGGGACGAGGAGGGCGGGGAGGCGCUGGUGGACACGGGCGAGCCGGGCGUCCCGGUCAAGGCGCUCUACGACUACGAGGGCGCCGAGUCGGACGAGCUCAGCUUCAAGCAAGGUGAUGUGUUCGAGAAGCUGGAGGACGAGGACGAGCAGGGCUGGUGCAAGGGCAGGAAGGACGGCCGCGUGGGCCUCUACCCCGCCAACUACGUGGAGCUGGUGUCGCAGUAGUGCCCUCCGUCCCCCUCGCUCCGACACACCACGAUCACGCAGUGCUUCCUUUCGCCACGCCGCGCCGCGACGCAGCUGUCUUUGGAACCUCCUCCAGCCGGCUUCCGCAGGAUCUCGCUACAAUGCCCCGCGUGCCUCACGUUCUCAUCACGCACCAGGUGCAUUGAAACGAGAUUCCGCUGUUACUAGAAUGUUUUACUACACUUUUAUUUUUUUUUCCACCUAGAUCCAAUCACUAUAGUUCAUCUUUUAUUCAGGACACAGAGUUGGUAUUUCAAAGAUAGCUUGUCGCCAUUUUCAAGUGAAAAUUGUUUCAGCACUCCUUACAGAAUCAGGACACUCGUACUGCCUUUACGAGUGCUACAGUUUAUAAGUGGUACUGUCUCGUUAAGUGCUAUGUUUACAGUGUAUGUUGUAAUAUACUGUGUAUUAAAGCUAAGACUAAAAAAAAAAAA